CAGUGCGAGCAGCGCAUACUAAGGGAUCGUACACACCGAAGGCUUGUUUUUUUUUUUUUUUUCAACACGCUCGGACGAAAAGGGAACGUACCUGUCCUGAAGGCCGAGGCUGAAUAGAAAGCAACAGAAAUAUGCGUAAAGCGGAUAAUACCUCAGGUUUUCCAAAUUCCUCAGCGUAACGGACAACAGCAGAAACAACAUCCAUGUUACUGACUGCUGCGGUUAGAAAGGAUGCUUUCCCCUCGAAAAACACCUUUAACGGGCCCAUUUAGCCUUUCCCGUGGCUUAUGAACGUUUGCCCACACAACCCUGAAGGUUUAAAGGCUUCAAACACCACCAGCAGUGCAUUUGGGAAGCCAGCUGAAUGUUUACGCUUUAAGAUGGCUGCUGCGGAGGGUCUGUGGGAUCAGAGUAAGACCGUUGAAUAAUAUGAUGCUUUAACGCUGGAAAUAUCCAGUCACUUGAGUUAUGGUUGUAGUUUGGGGGAAAGCCUUUUUUCAAUGGUAUGGAGAAUUAUUUCCAGCCCUGUAACUGCAGGAGGUAACGUCGGAAAUUCCUACCCUGCUUCAGAAACACAAUGAGGCGAGACAGCUGAUUUAAUAUGCCUGUGUUUAUGCUGAUUUGAUCAUAUCACGCUCGGAUCUGGGGUUUUCCCAUUAAAUGAUCGCCUAGAUUUUAGGAUAAAAGGGGUGAUCGCUGAUAUUUAAGGGACAUUCAUGAUCUGGUACUGGAAGUGAAUGGGUACCCCCUGCUGUUAUAAUUGAAACAAGCCGGGCCUCAGAAAGCAGGAAAGAAAGUUCCCAAUAUAUUGAUACCCAAUCUAACAACAGCAAAUCUAAAGACAUGGUUGCUGGGAAGAGGAUACUCAGACCUGAGCUGUUUCUGGUCAGGCAGAGACUGCGGGGCGUGCACAGAUGUUUAUGGCUGUGUGUGAUGUUCUCCCUGGUGCUGAUAUCAGACGGCUCUCCAUCUAAACAGUGCGAGAAGAGCUGUUUGUCGGGCAGGUGUGUGAACGGAUCCUGCGCCUGUGAUCGUGGGUGGGUUGGGGACCAGUGUCAACACUGCCAGGGAAGAUUCAAGUUGACUGAACCGUCUGGGUACCUUACGGAUGGCCCCAUCAAUUACAAGUACAAAACUAAGUGCACCUGGCUGAUUGAGGGCUACCCAAACGCAGUCCUGAGGUUACGGUUUAACCAUUUUGCGACUGAAUGUAGCUGGGACCACAUGUACGUCUAUGAUGGAGACUCUAUUUACGCUCCCUUAGUAGCUGUGUUCAGUGGCCUCAUUGUCCCCGAAGUGAAAGGGAACGAGACUGUCCCUGAAGUGGAGACCAAUUCAGGCUAUGCACUCCUGCAUUUUUUUAGCGAUGCUGCCUACAACCUGACAGGCUUUGAAAUCUUCUACUCAAUCAACUCAUGUCCAAAUAACUGCUCGGGCCAUGGGAAGUGCACCUCUGGGAACUCUAUAGCGAGCCGUGUGUAUUGUGAGUGUGAUAAGUACUGGAAGGGCGAGGCCUGCGACAUCCCAUAUUGCAAGAACAACUGUGGCAGCCCUGAUCAUGGUUACUGCGACCUCACUGGGGAAAAGCUGUGUGUGUGCAAUGACAGCUGGCAAGGUGCAGACUGCUCUUUAACAGUCCCCUCCACAGAGUCAUAUUGGAUCAUGCCCACCGUGAAGCCGUUUGGAGCAUCACUGGGUAGAGCUUCCCAUAAGGCAGUGGUACAGGAAAAGGUCAUGUGGGUUGUCGGCGGCUACACUUUUAACUACAGCAACUUUCAUAAGGUUUUAAAUUAUAAUCUUGAAAGUGGCAUCUGGAACACUGUGCCCAUCAGUAGUGGACCCCUGCCGAGAUAUGGCCACUCCUUGGCACUAUAUCGGGAUGACAUCUACAUGUUUGGAGGCAAGUUGGAGAUGGGUGCCAGUAAUGUAACAGAUGAGCUGUGGGUGUUCAACAUACCCAGAAUGACGUGGUCACAGAAGUUGCCCAGUGUGCCACCUCAUGUGCAGGUCUACGCUGUUGAGGGCCACUCGGCCCAUAUAGCAGAGAUGGAUAAUGGGGAUGUGGUUAUGGUGGUCAUCUUCGGCUACUCCUCCAUUUACAGCUACAUCAGCAACGUCCAGGAGUACAAUAUACGAACAAACACAUGGUUGGUGCCAGAUACCAGAGGAGCGAUCGCUCAGGGUGGGUACGGACACAGUAGUGUGUAUGAUAGCGGUAGUAAAAGUGUGUAUAUCCAUGGAGGAUACAAAUCUCUCCCUGCUAACAAAUACGGCCUUGUGGAUGACUUGUACCGCUAUGAGGUUCAGACCCGCACCUGGACGAUUCUGAGGGAGAGCGGUUACCCACGUUACUUGCACUCAUCUGUGCUGUUAGGAGGAAAUCUGCUCAUCUUUGGAGGGAAUACCCAUAAUGACACCUCUCUUAGUAAUGGGGCCAAGUGCUUCUCUGCUGACUUUCUUGCUUAUGACAUUGCGUGUGAUGAGUGGAAGGUCCUGCCUAAACCGAAUUUGCACAGAGAUGUCAACCGCUUUGGGCAUACAGCAGUCACCAGUAAUGGGUCGAUGUAUGUGUUUGGUGGUUUCUCCAGUGUGCUUCUGAAUGACGUGCUCAUAUACAGGCCACCCAGCUGUGAGGCCUUCCUGGGGCAGGAGCGCUGCGAGGCUGCAGGCCCUGGUGUGCGCUGUGUUUGGAAAGGGAGUCGCUGUGUGUCCUUGGAGCCCAGCUUCUCUAACAGCGCAACACCUGCUCCAUUCUGCCCUGCCAAAGCCGCCACAGUAGAUGAGCGAUGUUACCGCUUCUCUGACUGCACCAGCUGUACCUCCAACACUAAUGGAUGUCAAUGGUGUGAUGGCAAGAAAUGCAUAUCAGCUCUCAGUAACUGCACUGCUACUGUGAAGAAUUUCACCAAAUGUCCAAUCAGGAAUGAGCAGAUUUGCAGUAAGAUGUCCAAUUGCAAGAGCUGCUCCCUCAACCUGAGUUGCCAAUGGGAUCCUCAACAGCAGGAAUGCCACACCCUCCCUGCCCAGCUUUGUGGAGAUGGUUGGAGCAAUGUUGAGGAGGCUUGUCUGCAGAUCAACUCCAGCAAGGAGAGCUAUGACAAUGCUCAGCACUACUGCAAGAACCUGGAGGGCAACAUCGCUUCCCUUACCACAGCCAAGCAGGUGGACUUUGUACUGGAGGAACUGCAAAAGUACCAACUGAAAGGGAAGAAACUGUCCCCAUGGGUGGGCCUGAGGAAGAUCAACGUGUCAUACUGGGGGUGGGAGGACAUGUCUCCGUUCACGAACACCUCUCUGCAGUGGCUGCCCGGUGAGCCCAAUGACUCUGGCUUCUGUGCAUACCUGGAGAGAGCUCAGGUCUCAGGCCUCAGGGCCAAUCCCUGCACUGCCAACACAGACGGCCUCAUCUGUGAGAAACCAGUUGUGAGCCCGAACCAAAAUGCCCGCCCGUGUAAGAUGCCCUGCUCCCUGCGCACAACCUGUGAGAACUGCACCAGCCAGGCCAUGGAGUGCAUGUGGUGUGGAAGUACGAAGCGCUGUGUGGACUCCAAUGCUUACGUCAUCUCCUUUCCCUAUGGCCAGUGCCUGGAGUGGCAGACAGGAGACUGUGUGUCUCAGAACUGCUCUGGUUUGCGUACAUGUGGUCAGUGUCUGGAGCAGCCUGACUGUGGCUGGUGUGGGGACCCCAGUAACACAGGCCGAGGACAGUGUAUGGAGGGCUCGUAUCGUGGACCCAUGAAGAGCCCCUCCAGAUACAGCCAAGAAAUGGUGCUUGAUGCAGGACUCUGCCCAAAAGAACGAGGCUUUGAGUGGGCUUUCAUCCAGUGUCCUGCAUGCCAGUGCAACGGCCACAGCACUUGUGUGAACGGCAGUAUGUGUGAGCAGUGCCGUAACCUCACCACUGGACCUCACUGCGAAACGUGCUUACCGGGUUACCAUGGAGACCCAACCAAUGGCGGAAAGUGCCAAGCUUGUAAAUGUAAUGGCCAUGCCAAUGUGUGUCAGGUGCUGACAGGCAAAUGCUUUUGCACCACCAAGGGUAUCAAAGGCGACCAGUGCCAACUUUGUGACUCAGAAAACCGUUACCUUGGCAACCCCCUCAGAGGAACAUGUUACUAUAACCUGCUGAUUGAUUACCAGUUCACCUUUAGUUUGCUUCAAGAAGAUGACCAGCACUACACUGCCAUUAACUUCAUGGCCACUCCUGAACAGACUAGUAAGAACUUGGACAUGUCCAUCAAUGCAUCAAACAACUUCAAUCUGAACAUCACAUGGUCCAUUGGGUCAACAGCUGGCACCAUUUCCGGGGAAGAGAUCCCCAUUGUGUCCAAGACCAACAUCAAAGAGCACAGAGACAGUUUCUCCUGUGAGAAAUUCAGUUUCCACAGCAACCCCAACAUCACCUUCUAUGUAUAUGUCAGCAACUUCUCAUGGCCAAUCAAAAUACAGAUAGCCUUCUCUCAACACAACAGCAUCAUGGACCUGGUGCAGUUCUUUGUUACCUUUUUCAGCUGUUUUCUGUCUCUGUUGCUGGUAGCUGCAGUGGUUUGGAAGAUCAAACAGACCUGCUGGGCCUCCAGACGACGAGAGCAGCUGAUGAGGGAAAGGCAGCAGAUGGCCAGUCGCCCUUUCGCCUCGGUCGCGGUGACCCUGGACAUGGGCGGCAACCAAGUAGAACUGCUCCCGGGGGGAAUCGAGGGGCCGCCAAAGCCAGUUGCUGUGGAACCCUGUUCGGGUGGGAAAGCAGCAGUGUUCACGGUGCUAAUGUGCCUCCCACGAAGGGCAUCUGGUGUUCCUCCACCCGGCCAGUCAGGUAUAGCUAUCGCCAGCGCUCUUAUCGACACGUCCCAGCAGAAGCCCAUGGAUUUCAAAGAGAAGAGCCAAGGCUUGAAGAACCGCAAAGCUCUGCCUCCUGCUCACCAGGGCACUUGUGUGUGAGAACAUGUAUGGCCUCAGUGGGUUAUCCUUUACCGGAGUGACCUCUUCUCUUCUGCUGCUGCAGGCAAAUGGCAGCUUAAUUAUCAGAGAGAGGCCCCAUUUGAGGAGAUUAUUUAGGUGACAGAGUGCCCCCUAUUUCCUAUUUCCACUCCAUAUUCCCUUUAUCUCUCCAUGUCGAUUUACCAUCAUAAAUAGACCUCACCAGCUCCCCCGUCUCAAAUGACCCCUGCUAUGACUACAUGAUCAAGCUCAAGCAUCACUCUACACUUUUCCUUGUGCUUCUCACCCAGUUCGACUCCAUCCAAAGCAAUUCAGAAACCUGCUACACGUCUCCAUCUUAUUUAUUCAUAUCACCUCCAGCUCUGGUCAACAUUUAGCCUUUUUCCCCACAUUUCUUAGUCAUUUCUGGCCAUGAGAAUGUUGGCGCCUCUACCGACCCUAAGCUGUAUCGAGAGGGCCUCUCAAAUGGACGUCUCCCAUGUGUAACAUCAGCUUGACACCAAGCACAGAUGUGCCUCCAGCAUAGUUUAUUGUAUUUUUUUAGUCAGGGAUGUCAGCUGGACCAGUGUUUCUCACUGAAGUAGUCUUGUAAUGGUUAUCUUGGGACAGACGCCGGUUUUGUGUACGGGUCAAAAAGCUCACCUAUUUGUAUUCUCGCCAACAAUGUUUUUGCUCACAAGGAGGCUUAUACUCAACAUCAGACUUUUAGCUAUUUUGACAUUUUAUAUAGAUAUGCUUGCCAGAGAUAGUGUGAAAGCUAUCUGUUGUGUAAGCUGUGCUGCUGGAAAACUCAUGCUUGGUAAAUACAUGUCAGGACUGGAUAAAAUCGUUCACAGAUUUUAUCUUUGCAUGGAACACACACACACACACUAUUCUUAAAAAGUUUGUGGGUUAUGUGUCACAAAGUAUGUCUCUAAGUUGUUAAAUAUGAGGUUUGGUGUGUACAAACGGUUGUAAGUCUAGACUGUUAGUAUAACACAUUGUAAUGUUACAGUGUAAUGGACCAACUGGUUCCAGCAAACCAAGUAUCAGUCUUAAUUCACAAAGAAAAAUUCUACUUGAGGUGAGGGACUGAAUCGUUCCUCACUGACCUAACAAACCUGGAGAAUUUAAGCUUGUUGUCACAGACCACAAGGCCACGUCGCAGCUGUUGUAUAAUAAUGCUAGGGAGCUUUAGAAAAGCUGCUGUUGAUCUUUUUUUUUUUUAUUGUAAUUUUGCAAUGGUACAGAUUUGAAUGAGCAAUGUCUCAACUGUGCAGUAACACUUCAUCUCUUUAUAAUGAACUUUUGUACUCUUUAAAUUUCACAUAUUGUGAAUGUCAAAAGAGAAAGGCGAUGAUUUUGAGGAGAUCAGCAGCUGAAAGUAUGCAGUUGCAUUAUAGACUGUUCAUACACUCAAGGACUGUUUCCUCAGACAGUGGGCUUUCAGGUUUCCCAGGAUUCACCCUACAACUAUGGGAAAACCCCUUUCAUCUGAUUUACCCAACAGACAAGGACUGUGCCUGAUUCCCUAAAACAGGAAGUCCAGGAGACUUUGUAUUCCUGCCUAUCCAAUCUCAAUGGCAACAAAGAAAUUGUACAGCAUCCUAAUCUUCACUCGUUUCCUUUAGAUGGAUCUGAACAUGUGAAUCUAAUGUGAAUUGCGCUUUCUCUUCAUGUAGCUACUUUUUGUUUGUAUUAUUUGCUGAUUUUAAUAAAGGACAUUAAAAGAUCAACAGUUAUUUUAGGCCCAUCCUAUGUACAUGACAGUGAUAAGUAAUCAUGUCUUUUAAAAUGUUUGUGUAAAAAAGAAGUGUUGAAUUGUUUUUGUAACUAAUUGAUUCCUGUGUAAUACCUCUGUUAUUCUUAGGUCACUUACAGUGUAAAAUGUACAGUAACUAUCUCACGUAAGUCAGCUCACUCAUGAACAGUUAAUGUCAUUUUUUUAGGGCUAUAUUUCAAUCUUUUUUAUGUUCUGAAGUGAGUGAGAGGUUGUCAUGCACAGGAAUUGUACAGACUGAUUACACAGGGAUCAACUCACUGUAACUGAGAAAAACAGUUUCAUUCAUCCCUCAGUGCAUAUCAUUAAUCUUUAUUGUAUUUUAAAGAUGAAUGGAAAAAUAAAACACUUGAAUAUUCACAAGACCAUUUGAUCAUUCCAGCUCUUGUAAAUAUGAAGACUUCGUUUCAGGGCUUCACUGGUUGUCAUUGCACUCAGCAAACAAAAUUAGAAUUCUGUCAU